CCCAGUCACUAAUCUAUUAUACUCAAUGACUUAAUUUGUAAACAAAUUUAACAUUCAUUUUCCAUUUUGUAGCAAUGGCAUCCAUGAACUCCGUUUUGACAUGCAGCUAUGAAAUCUCAGGCAGUGGAUCAUCCGGGCUAAAUUCCAAGCUCGCCUUAGUGCCAUCACUCGCUUCCGCGGUUGUGUGUGGUGGUCACAAGUUGCCUGUCGUCAGAUCCCAACAGGCUAAACUCUCUGAGGUCAAACAAUCAGGUGGCAGUGAAGGAAGAAGAGCUGCUAUGCUGUAUUUGGCAGCUACCCUUCUCACCUCAGCCGCCGCUUCUUCCGCCAGUGCAGGGGUCAUCGACGAUUACCUUGAAAAGAGCAAAGCUAACUAUGGGAAAACGCAGGAAUUGAAUGACAAUAAGAGGUUGGCCACAAGCGGAGCAAACUUUGCGAGAGCAUACACUGUUCAAUUUGACAGCUGCAAGUUCCCUGAGAACUUUACUGGAUGCCAGGAUCUUGCAAAGCAAAAGAAAGUGCCCUUCUUCUCUGAUGAUUUUGGCCUUGGAGUGUGA